AAAACAAGAGAUUUACUGAGGCUGAACACUUAAUGCUGUAGUAGAAGAAAGAACUCUUUGAUCUAACGUUUACCUCUACAGGCCUCCAAUUCACAAAGAAAUUUGGGCAGCAAACAUGGAGGGUCCCUCUACCAGCUAGCAAACCGAGUGAAAAUGUGGAACCCUACUACUCCCAUGAUUAAUAGUUUAGUACUUUGCACAUUUGGUUUCACUGUAAAGUGGAUGAAAAUAGUGAUAUGGAUUUCAAUGAGCCUUUGGAAUAUGUCAUGUUCAUUCGAUUAUCUCUGAAGUCGACUGUAGACGAGAUUUGAUUCCCCUUUCCCUCCUCUGUGUCCAAUAUAUUUCUUUAUGGAUUUCCUGAAAUUAUUGAACUUGGUCUAGUAAAGGAGAUAUUUGGCUUAAAGAUAAGAUUUGUACAUUUCGACCAUUUAAAGAUGCAAGUGGCCCUGGGAAAGAGAUGUCCACCGACUCCUAAAUCUAAUGGUCUUCAACUCUUAAACAACACACAAAUGCACGGAUGAGUACCUAUGACAGUUGAGCUUAGCUAGUUCAAGUUGAGAGCCAGAUAGAUCUUCUCUUAUUUAUGACAAUACAGAUCAUUUAUUGCUUUAUUGAAUACUUAUCAAAGAUUCUUGAUCAGAUCUUAGUGGUAAUAUGAAACGUGGUAAUGAGAUUUGCUUUGAUGAAUAAACAGAAUCCAUUAAAGAAAUGCUCUUGAGAAACCCAAGUGCGGAAAAGAUUUAAGCCAAUCUUUGGCUUGGAGAUGGUGGUGGUUGGUUUUUUGGGGAAGAUUUUGCCGGCAACCGAUCCUCAUCUUUUCCCCAACUGGAUAACACCAUGUAAUGAUUCUUGUGGGGUCUUUAAACUUUAGACAGAUUGGCCAGCUGUGGCUAAUGACCCACCAUCUCACAUGCUCAGCCAAUAUGGUUUUAACUCACCCAUCACUACCUUUUUUUCCCUGCUUCUAAAAUUCUAUAUAUCCUGAAAGAGAGAGAGAGAUGUAAAGGAAAAAAAAAAAGUAAUUCUCUCUUUAUUUCUUUUUCCUAACAGACACCCACCUAGCAAGUUAACUCUCUUCUUGCUGUUCUGAGUUUAGACAAACAUGGAAGUUGCUUUAGAACUUGAAGAUGAUUUGUUCUUUGCUGAUUUGAGCAGACAGCUUUCUCUUCUUCUCAUGGAUGAUAAUGAAGACCCUCUCCCUCAUCCACAUGUUUCUCUUCAGGCUCUGUCUCAUGGAGUGCACUACCCGACACGGCCACUGGCUACACAUGAACAUGCCGCCGCAGCCGCCGUUGCCGCUGCCUACAACGGCGUAAGCAAGGGGACCGGUGUGUUCAUCCCUAGGUCCCUGCAGCCUGCAAGAAAACAGAGGCGUGGAAGACACAAUAACAUAAAGCCAAACCGACAGUUUCAUAUCAGUAUUGAUGUGAACUCACAAGUACCUUCCAACAACCAUUCGAUGCGUCCUAAAAAGGGUUAAGGAUUACAAGAAUUUAAGGAAAAGGGUUAUCAGAAUUCUGAUGAUAAAAAAAAAAAAAUAAUAAUAAUUCUUUCACCAAGUAUUAAGUUAAUGGUGAUAGUUGUACAUGGAAGAAGAUGAUGAUGAAGAAGAAGAAGAAGAAGAAGCUAUAGUAUUAGGCUGUGUUAAUUACUGGGUUGUUAAUUGGUUUAUGUGGUUCAUUGGAAGGUUAAUUAACCUAAGGUUUGUGAACCUCCUCUCCCCCUUUUGUGAAAAAUUAAUGGUUGUUUCUCCUAAUAAUAUCACAAUUUCAUUACAUAUCUUCCACCGUUUUGUUAAAUUCUUUUCCAAUUUUUUUUGUGGGUUGUGAGAUGCAACUUUAGACAAGAGAGCUGUUUUGUGGAACAUGCUCUGUUUUGUUUGUUGAGAUCUGAAUCUAACAAAAAUCAUCAGACUCUGCAAAAGGCUGAAGAUGAGUUGAAUUUAUGUUUUGUGGUUCCUGAGUGUUCAGAUUUUGAAGAAUAUACUCUUAACUGGCAUCACUGCAAUGGGCACAUGAAGAAGCUCUGAUGUUUGAAUAGCUGUCUGUCUGAGAUCUAUGUUGCUGAGUAAAGCUAAAGUUCUUCAAAAACAGAGGAGUGAGAGAGAUAGAGAGAGAUUUUGUGAGGCUUUUAACUUUGGAUUCUGUAAAUUAUUAACUUUUACAUUAUAAAGUGUAUACCAAAAUGAUGGGUGUAUUAUUAUUAUAUGAUUUUAUGAGGGUUGAAUCGGUCAAA